AGUCAACUCAAGAUGGCUGAAACCAGAGCGGAGAGCAAGUCAAACUGACUGGCGGCAAGUUCUGUUUUAAUUAGGCCGAAAUGUUGAAAUGCUGAUCCAAACAACGUCAAUUGCGGCACUGGACUCCGUUGGAUUACAAAAAUUGAUAGUGGGAAACUAAGCCCAUUCUAAAUUGUACAACACACACACACACACACACAGAUGUGUGAUGCCCACGGAAGGUCCCCAUUUUAACACUACUGGAGUCAAAAUCACGUGAUACUAUACUGUACAUAAUACGGAAGCAGGAGGAUGUAAACACUUCAGUGAUUGAAAUAAGAUUGUAGAAAAGUCUAUAAAUAAAAUAGACUUCUCCUAUUAACGUAGAGCACAAGUGACACCUUAACCAAAAGCCAGCAUGGAGCCCACUGCUUCAGGGAUGUUCUGUAACAGGAUGCUGAGCAUGGUCAACUCGGAGGACGUUAACGCCAUUAUCCAAGCCCAGAGACACAUGCUGGACCGCUUUGAGAAAACGAACGAGAUGCUGAUAAACUUCAACGGACUUUCCAACGUGCGUCUGCAGCAGGUGAAUGAACACUUCCUUAUCCACACAAGGACCCUGGUGGAGAUGAAGAAGGACCUGGACAGCAUCUUCAGAAGGAUCAGGUGCAUUGCAGGUCACAAUCAUCCUCUCCUCGCCAUGUCCCUCUCCUUUCCUCUCUUCUCCAAACUGCUCUCCUCUAAUAUGCAUGGUGUGCUAUCCUCCAGGACACUGAAGGGAAAGAUUGCCAAACAGUACCCUGAGGCAUUCAGCAAUGUCCAUGAGACCCCUACCCUGGAGGAUGAUGAUGAUGACUUUGGCCUGAUCCCACCCAGCAUUGCCACGACAACAGCCGCCACCUCAGAGCAGAGUACUGAGUCAUGUGACACAAGCCCGGGCCUUGUGUCGCCCGCCAUCAGCCGCUGCUCUGAAGACCUAUCAGAGCCCCAAGACACACCCACCUCCGACUGGCCUGCAGCAGAGCUGCGGGACGAGGGCCCAGACUCUGUCCCUGCGGAGUAGAGAUCUAGGACCUGAUCUAGACUCUGUCCCUGUGGAGUAGAGAUCUAGGACCUGAUCUAGACUCUGUCCCUGUGGAGUAGAGAUCUAGGACCUGAUCUAGACUCUGUCCCUGUGGAGUAGAGAUCUAGGACCUGAUCUAGACUCUGUCUCUGCGGAGUAGAGAUCUAGGACCUGAUCUAGACUCUGUCCCUGUGGAGUAGAGAUCUAGGACCUGAUCUAGACUCUGUCCCUGCGGAGUAGAGAUCUAGGACCUGAUCUAGACUCUGACGUCUAUUGAAGCUAUUGGUCAGACUUGGCUGAUGUUUUAUGAGAAGAAGAUCACUUGUCUCUACUCCAGGAGCGAAUGAAGAAAAUGGUUGUGAUAGGAAUGCUCCAGAUGCUAUGCCUCCAGCCCCUAACAUGGAACAGAAUACUUCUGUGGGGGCAUAGGUCCUUCACUUGUGUGUGUGCACAAGUGUGUCUUUUUUAAUCACUAUUUAGCUUGAAGACAUCCGUGUUCAGAGGUAGUGAACUUGGUUAGUUAUGCCUGCUCAAACAAGAUGUAUGUAAUUAUAACCAUAGCUAUCUAAACAUCUCAGUGUUGUUUAAGUAAUUGAAACUUGUUUUAUGUAAAAACACUUGUUUAAAGUUAUGUGUAACCUAAUUUCUUAAAUUUUUGAAUUUGGGCGUAUUUGCAUAUAAUUAAUGUAAAGCUCAUGGUUAAAUACUUUGAAAAAGCGUCAUAUCUUCAAU